AUGGACCAGGCUAUUUAUUCUCCCGGAAGUCCAUCCGUACAGUUUCCGGUUUACUCCUUGUAUCCCAACUUGCAGCAAGGAUCAUCGCUGCAGCCACUUCCACCUAAAACACUUGGCGCGGAACCAGUGUGUUAUAUACCAAAUGCUUCUCGACAAGAUUACAUCGCUAAAACUAGGAUGAAAUAUGUGCCCAGUAAAACGUUCUGGAAUGAAGGAUCUAAUAAUGAAGUUCCUACCAUGAGAAUGUUCCCACGUGACACUUGGUCAUGUGACCAGUCCUACACUCCAACGGGUCACGUGAGUCAGCAAGCAAAAAUGAAAUGUAGACCCGGAGCUUUACCGUCAUAUAUACCAACAGAUCCGUUGCUAUGGAGGACCGAGGAUGUCCGGAAAUGGCUAGAAUGGAUUAUUCACGAGUACAACAUGAAACAAGUAAACAUGGACUACUUCCGGUGUCUUGACGGAAAACAUCUCUGCUGCCUUACACGUGACCUAUGGUGUAAACUUGUUGGUCAUCAGCACGCAGAUGUCUUUAUGGAAAGUAUCCGCUACCUGAGACAGAAUAGAGUCUUCAUACCGGAAGGCCCCGCCUACAAAUCUAAACCAGAAGGUUACUGUACCCGGCCCACGUAUAAACCGGGUACGUGCGAGUUCUGGCCUCAGCCGUACCGUGCGCCAACCCUCGACUUCCGGUCGGGUGCCGACAGUGAUCCAUACAAAAUAUUCAGUAACGUGUGCCGGAAGUUAUGUCACUCAGGUUCCGGUCAGAUCCAGCUUUGGCAGUUCCUCUUAGAACUUCUGUCAUCAAGUUCUAAUGCUGACUGUAUCACGUGGGACGGAACAGACGGCGAAUUCAAGCUUGUAGACCCAGAUGAAGUCGCGCGCAGAUGGGGAGACCGCAAGUCAAAGCCAAAUAUGAAUUAUGAUAAAUUGAGUCGAGCCAUCCGUUAUUAUUAUGAUAAACACAUUAUGAGCAAAAUUCACGGGAAAAGAUAUACUUACAAAUUUAAUUUUAACAGUCUUUCUAAUAUACUACAAACACAGGAGUCAGACUUCGUAAACACUCAAGGAUUUUUUACAUCAAAUGUGAACCAGCACAGAACUUCAAGGAGCUUACCUCAAGGAUUUCUGGAAUACACCGGCAAAUUCAUAAACUCACUACCUCAUGGAAAUCUCAACCAAUCAGAAAUAAAUAACUGCUAG